CACUUAAAGCUGAAUAUCGAUAUUAGUCCAGUUCAUAUAAAAUGAAUUCAUUACUAUUACUGUUAGUUCAUAUUGACGUAACUGAAAAAAAAGAGUUUGAAAACCUACUUUCUUGAAAAUAUAUCAGAUCACUUUUUCAACAAAAACCCGGAAAGCACUGCACUUGCGGAAAUAAAAAGAUGAAGUCCUGCUGUCAAGAUGGAAAAUGUUCUUGCUGCUUAGAUAUUUCUUGUUGCAAAGUAGAUAAAAGUUCCUGCUGCGAUAGAAAACAGUGCUGUGAAACCAAAUCAUGCGAAAGAGAUGAUAAACCUCCGUGCUGUCAAGGUGGAAAAUGCUCUUGCUGUCCGAUAAAAACUUGUUGCAAAGGAGACAAAACUUCCUGCUGCGAUGGAAACCAGUGCUGUAAAGAUGGCCCAAGCUCCUGCUCUAAAGGUGCCAUAUGUAUUUGCUGUGAAAAGAAACCAUGCAAAAGAAAUGAUAAACCUCCUUGCUGCCCGAUAAAAACUUGUUGCAAAGGAGAUCAAAGUUCCUGCUGCGAUGGAAACCAGUGCUGUAAAGAUGGCCCAAGCUCCUGCUCUAAAGGUGCCAUAUGUAUUUGCUGUGAAAAGAAACCAUGCAAAAGAAAUGAUAAACCUUGCUGCACGAUAAAAACUUGUUGUAAAGGAGAUCAAAGUUCCUGCUGCGAUGGAAACCAGUGCUGUAAAGAUGGCCCAAGCACCUGCUCUAAAGGUGCCAUAUGUAUUUGCUGUGAAAGGAAACCAUGCGAAAGAAAUGAUAAACCUCCUUGCUGCCCGAUAAAAACUUGUUGCAAAGGAGAUCAAAGUUCCUGCUGCGAUGGAAACCAGUGCUGUAAAGAUGACAUCCGCUCUAAAAAUAGAAAUUGUACUUGCUGCGAAAAUUGUUAAGCACUAUCUGUUGCAAAAUUGGAAGUGGGGUUGGUCAAAUAUGCUUAAAUAUAAUAAUACUAUUUUUUUAAUUCAUAUUCUGAAUAUAUUACUCCACUAUAUGAUUUGUAAUCAUUUCCAAAGUACAAUUUUAUUACCUUAAACAAUAAAUAUAUCAAAAAUUA